AACUCUGUGUUGCUAGCGGAGGCCCGGUCAGCCCGUACGUACCGUGACGAGCUGGAUGCCCUGAGAGAGAGGGCCAUCAGGGCUGACAAGCUGGAGAGCGAGGUGGGACGAUACCGCGAGAAACUACACAACAUGGAGUUCUACAAGGCCAAAGUGGAGGAGCUGAAGGAGGAUAACUCUGUGUUGCUGGAGACCAAGGCUGUACUGCAGCAGCAGCUGGAGGGGUGGAGGGCCCGCUCUGAUAAACUACACCAGCUAGAGAAACACAGUUGCUGCUCAACGCCAGGGUCCAGUCAUGGAACAGGAGAAGGAGGUGGACAGGAGGCGCAUGGAGGAGCUGCAGGAGGAGAACCUGGCCCUGGAGCUGGCCCAGAGGAGGAGGCAUGGAGGAGUCACAGCACCUGGGAUGGGAGCUGGAGCAGCUCUCCAGGAGCCCCGACAACUCACAAGGGUCAGAAGUCUCUGGGUGAGGAGGUGGUUGAUGGGACCAGGAGUCAUCUGCUGAGGCUGGAGAGAGAGAACCAAAGCCUGCUCAGGACCAUAGAGGAUCUGAGAGCUGCUGACCUCAGCCUGGGACCGCAGCACAACCAUAACCAUGAGCACACGCGGAGGGACAGCCAGCGACCCACAAACACGGCUGAGGUGGUUAGAGAGUACCUUGGCAGUUUAGACAACACCUCCUGGGAGCAGUCUGAAUUGGUCAUCAAAGAGAUUCGUUUCGGCUCUGUUGCGUUAGAUACAGAGGGCAUUGAAUGGGGCCGGAAGCUCCAGCGACUGGAGGCCGAGGUCCACGAGCUGGAGGCUGAGAACCAGAUCCUGCAGGCUGGUGGAGAGCUGAGGAUUCUCUCGCGGCGCAUGGAGCAGCUGGAGCAGGAGAAGCAGACCCUGGAGCAGGAGGCUUCAGGCCUGGAAGAUAAGAGGAGGCUGGAGAAGGAGAACCGCAGGCUGAGGCAACCAGAGAUCCAGGACUCUACCCUGGACGGGAGCAACCUGAGGGUGGCUAGUCUGGAGAGAGAGAACAGGUAUGAUGCUAAUGGUCACCAUGAUAUGAUCGGUGUGCUAGCAACGUCAGGGUUGUGGGUUUGGGGAUGGGAAGGAGGUGGAGAGGCUGAAGGAGGUGAGGAGAGGGUCAAGGGGCUGGAGAGGGAUAACAGAGAGCUGGCCAAGCAGGAGCGAUCAGCAGAGGCCCUGGAGUUGGUGAGUGACAAGCUGAAGACCCAGCAGAGGGAGAAUGAGCUGGAGAGGCUGGCCCACGAGCUGGAGAUGAGAGUCCUCAACCAGGACGCAUCACCACAGAGUGACGAGGAAACUCCAGACAACAGGUUCAAGAUGUUGGAGUCUGAGCUGGAGUCGUCUCUGAAGAGGUCCCUGCAGAUCAAAGAAGACAAGAUGGCUGCCGUUGARGCUCGUCUGCAGGAGUCCUCCACCCUCAACCAGCAGCUACGUCAAGAGCUCAAGACUGUGCGUCUGAACUACGAAGCCCUGUUGCAGAGGGAGGAGGAGGAGCAUGCGGCCCGUAGCCCCACCCCUCAGAGGGAGAGUGACAGGGCGGUAAGCGGRUGGCAGUGGGAGAGCCAGGAGGCYACCAGGGAGCUGCUGAGGGUCAAGGACCGCCUCAUCGAGGUGGAGAGGAACAAUGCCACACUGCAGGCAGAGCGUCAGGCACUGCAGGCCCAGCUCAGACAGCUGGAGACCCAGUCAGACGGCCUGCAGGCUCAGAUCCUGGCCCUGCAGAGACAGACCGCCUCCCUGCAGGAGAACAACACGGCUCUCCAGACACACAACGCUAACCUGCAGGUGGAGAAGUCCACUCUGAACUCCCAGAGUGCAUCACUCCUGGCCCAGAAUGCUCAGCUCCAAUGCCAACAAUCCAGCACUGAGGGUGAUAAGGAGGUGGCCAUGCGUGAGCGCGAGGAGCUGCGCGGCGUGUACGACCAGCUCCUGAGGGACCACGAGAGGCUGGCGGCGCUGCACGAGAGACAAGCCAUGGACUACGAGGCCCUGAUGGGAAAACACGGCUGUCUGAAGAACGUCCACCGCACUCUGGAGCUGGAGCAUAGAACGCUGGAGGACAGGUACAAAACRCUGCUGCAGCAGAAGGCCAAACUAGAGGGUCUGGAGAAGGCUCUGAGAGAGGAGCAGGACAAGAUGUCUGUGGAGAAGGAGCAGCACAGGACCACCGCCUCAGAGUGUCGACAGCUCCGGGAUGAGAAGGACUGGCUGAACCAGACGUACCGUCAGCUGUUGAAGGAUCAGGAGGAGCUCCAGGCGGACCAUAAGAACAUGAAGACCCUGCUGAACAGCACCAAGCUGGAGCAGACCAAGCUAGAGUCCGACUUCAACAAGCUCAGAGAGCAGUACCAACAGCUAGACAUCACCAACACCAAGCUCACCAACCAGUGUGAGGUAUGA